GACCAAUGUGGGCGAGCCAUUCCCAGAGGACUGGGCUGUUCAGAUACACGCGCUCCGUUUCAUGUCCGAUUCGGCUUAGAUCUUCUUGUUUCAUCCUGACAGCCGCCCAAGGCCAUAUUGGAAUUACAUCUCUCUUUUCCUCUGACAGAAUGAUGCAUCGCAAAACUUAAAGCAGGCCCAUGUCCUCCCCAGCAGCCUGCUUUCUCCUCUCCUUUUCUUCUCCAGAAGCUUUCUUUUUUAUUUUGUCUGUGUGUGUUUGUUUUCCUUUCACUCAAAAUCUUCCACUCAAAACUUGUUUCGUAUACGUUUCCUUUCCUUGCCCCCCCCUUUUUACUAUUUACUUUUUCCGGGUCUUUGUGUUCCUCUCUUUUUUACUCUCUCGUCAACUCGUCAAGUCUGUGGAGAUCUUCCUCUGCCUGUCAUCAUCCGUUCUUUUGGGGCCUCUUUUUUUUUCUCUCCCCCCUGCAGACGACUCGGCGUUGUUGCCCCCCCCCCCCUCCUCUUACAAGGACCAGACCCUCACGGUAGACCGCACUGCAGGCCACUUCGGUCAAGACCGCGAGGACCUUCUUCGACCAGUCAUUUCGACCUUUUAAUCAAUAAUUGUUUCAUUACUUGGCAAGUGGUUACCGAGCCGGUCUCGUAUCACCUCAUCCAAGCAUCAGUCUUCUUUCCCACUCUCUUCCAUCAUU